AUGGCCCUCUCUUGCACAGUAAAACCAGCCGAUUCAUUCGAAUGUGAUCAUGUGGAGAUAGCAGAGCCGGAGAAAAGAAAUCUCAGGCGAGUCUGCGAUGACAUCUCACUAGAUGUUUUUCUCGUGGCUGGAGUGGAGUUGGCUGAGCGUUUUACAUAUCGUUCCAUCACAGCGCCAAUGCAAAAUUACAUACAGCAUGGUCGUGACGAUGUACUUCACCACGGCGCCCUUGGAUUGGGCCAAAAAGUCGCAACUGGGAUUAGUUACUUCUUCGUGGGCUGGUGCUACCUGGCACCAAUUCUCGGGGCUGUUGUUGCAGACAGCUAUCUAGGUCGAUUCCAGACCAUCUUCCUAGGGGCGGGACUCUCCGUGUGCGGUGUUUUGGUUUUGUUCAUAACGUCGCUACCUCCCAGUCUCGAGCACGGAGGAGGCUUACCAGGGUUAAUGCUUGCCUUGAUACUGAUUGGACUGGGAUGCGGUGGUAUCAAAAGCAAUGUUGGCCCUUUAAUCGCUGAGCAGUACUCAAUGCGCACGGAACGAGUCAAGACCCUGCAAAGUGGAGAGGUGGUCAUUGUCGAUCCCAACUUGACAGUUCAGACGGUCUAUGCGCGAUAUUACUGGAUCAUAAACAUCGGAGCUCUUUCAAUCAUUCCUGCUUCGUGGCUAGAGCUUAAGGUGGACUUCUGGGCAGCUUUCCUGAUGCCGCUCUGUCUGUGGCUAUUGGCCAUUAUGGCCUUCGUAGCUGGCCGCAAGAGAUAUGUGGUUCAACAACCGCAUGGCUCAGCCGUUACCAAAGCUCUUCGGGUACUGUGGAUUAGCUUGAAGAACAAUGGCAACAUGGAUGCAGCAAGACCUAUGACCAUGGAGGCCACUGGAAGCCCUGUAUGCUGGGACGACACGUUUGUGGAUGAGUUGAAACGAGCUCUUGUUGCCUGCCGGGUGUUCCCCAUUUUCUGGUUAUGCAAUGGCCAGGCCAACAACAAUCUCGUCAGUCAGGCGUCGUCUCUUAAGACAUACGGGAUGCCCCAUGAUAUGAUGGGCCUCUUCAACCCUCUGACCAUUUUGAUUGCCGUCCCUCUAUUUGAACGCCUCAUCAACCCUGCUCUCCGACGCUUCGAUAUCCCUUUCAAGCCCAUUAGUCGCAUGACUACCGGUUUCGUCGCCAUAGCAUUUGCCAUUGCCAUUGCGGCUAUCAUCCAACAACUAAUAUAUCGACAACCGCCGUCUCACGUUAGCAUCUUCCUCCAGAUCCCAGUCUACGCACUCAUAGGACUUUCCGAGUUCUUCUCCAGCCUGUCAGCGAUGGAAUACGCCUACACCAAAGCUCCAAGGUCGAUGCGGAGUAUCGUCUCCGCGCUCUUCCUUCUCACCUGCACCAUCGGUUCCACGGUGGGAAUUACUCUGUCGCCUGUAUCCGUUGAUCCAAAGCUGCUGGUGGAGUAUGUGUCUCUCAGCAUCGUCAUGUUUGCCACAGGUGUCGUGUUCUACUUUUGCUUCCGCAAAUACAACCAGAUGGAAGAGAGCAUGAAUAUGAUAGGAGAGACAGCGGGAAAGCAGUGA